GCACUUUUCACGCAUCAUUCCAGUUUACGCGUAAACUUCGUGACGCUGCCAUUCGCGCGUCAAAUCACGCUGUCGCGCGCGUAAUUGUAACGCGUUGCGGCCAAUCGGGACAAUCGUGACGAGCCAGCAGCGGUGACCAGUUCCUGCAACGUCAAUUCCUUCGCGCGCGUUCAAAACGUACAUCCCGGAGGGCGUCCGUCUCGUCGAUCCACCGGCGAAAAGCUCGCGAGCCGAAAAAGAAUGUCGCAGCAGGAGUCAACGGUGUACGACCUGGCGUAUCGCGGCAGGACCGCGGCCGUGAAGAUUCUGCUGAGCGAGAACGAGAGGCUGAAGACGCAAACGGACAGCAACGACCGAAUGCUGAUACACUGGGCGGCGCUGGGCGGGCACGACGAUCUGGUCAGGCAUUUGCUGUCCCUCGACGUGCCGGUGGAUCCCACGGACGACACAAACAUGACUCCGCUGAUCCUGGCGGCGUCCGCCGGCCGCGAGAAAGUCGUUAACACGUUGCUGGCCGAAGGGGCGAACGUGAACGCGACGACGGUCGACGGUCACUCGGCGUUGCAGUACGCCGCGUCUAAGAACUGGAAGUCCAUCUGCGUGGCGUUGCUCGAGAGGGAUGCGGACGUGAACAUCGCGGACAAGCGAGGUGCCACGCCUCUCCACAGAUCCGCCUCCAAGGGCAACACCGCCAUAGUCAAUCUCCUCAUGGAGUACGGGAAGAAAUUGAACAUUGAUCAGAGAGACGCGUACGGUAACACGCCGUUGCAUCUCGCGUGCGAGGAGAACCGCGUGGAAGAAGCAAAACUGCUGACGGCGCACGGCGCGGACCUGACGAUCACCAACAGGGAGCGCAAGACUCCGUUGGAUCUCGCGAGUCCCGGAUUGGUCCGACAGCUCGAGGAAAUUAAGCGAGAGGCUGCGUCCAAGUGAAAUGCUCCCCCUAGCGCAAAUUUUUCAUUACGAGAGGUUUACGCGAUCUAAGUUUCGUUUAAAUAAAGUCUUCAAUAAAUUUAUCCAU